UGAAAAGAGAAUGAAAGCAUGACUUUCUUAAUUCAGGCUUGCGGCACUGGAAGGGACCUGUCAGUUUGGAGUCUUCUCUCUUGUGAGUGUAUUUUUAAUAUUGAGAGCCAUGCCCCAGUGCAAGAUGUAUCAUUUGAUGCAUAUCCUCGCAGUUGGUUCUGAACCAAUUCUGAGAUGGUACAGCAUAAAUGGGAAGGCUCUAUCAAAAAUUCAAUGCGCUCCGCAGUCAGCAUUUUCCGUUUCCUUUCACUCCUCCGGGAUUACAGCAGUCGGUGGCUGCGGAGGCUUAGUAGAUGUCGUGUUGGAAUUCGGGAGCCAUCUGUGUGUGUUUUGCUGCCGUGGUUUAGAUAAAGAUAUAUUUACUUAAUUGAAACUUUGCUUGUUACUGGACUUAUGGGUUGCCCUUCAUUCUCAUUGAUGAUCUACAUGAUCAGGCGGAGUUGGGGCUUUGUUCAUGAAUCUCAUGUUGUUUGUUGUUCCUGAUGAUGUUGUUAACCUCUUUUAUGAAUCAAUCAGUCAAUGAAUCAAUUAUAUUAUUAA